AUGGCUUCCAUGCCCGUCAUAGUCUCUGCCACCACAAAUCACACCCAUACCGUCAUCUUCCUCCACGGCCGGGGGGAUGUAGCCGAAAACUUCGUCGCCUCGUUGAGGUGCUCCAAGAACUCCAGAAGCCAGUCACUCGAGGAAGCAUUCCCCUCCUUCAGAUGGGUGUUUCCCAAGGCCGGCGUCAGCGCCUCCUUCUCAUUUGGCGGCAACAAGGUCUCGCAGUGGUUCGACAUUUGGGAUGUGCGCGACUUCUCGGAACGGGAGGAGGUGCAAAUACUGGGGCUAAGGGAGAGCACAGACAUGAUUCGAAAGGUGCUCAAUAUUGAGGCGGGCAUCCUGGGCGGACACUGGGAUAAGAUCAUCUUGGCCGGUAUCAGCCAGGGCGCGGCUACGGCGACGCAUGCUCUCCUCAACUUGAAGAUGCCUGAAGCGGCGGACGACGGCACCAAGUUAUCCGGCGGGCUGGCGGCGUUUCUUGGGUUUUCGUGCAGGAUGCCGUUUCCCGGGCGGACGCUCAAGGAAACGAGGGCCGUGUUGAGCUUGAAGAAUGGCCCAGACCCAGAGGACAACGAGGUCAUAAGAAAGACGCCCGUCUUGUUGGAACACUGCGUAGAUGACCCGUUGGUGUCGGUGGAGAACGGGCGAGUUUUGGGAGAUACCUUGCGUGGCUUCGGAGCUCGGGUUCAUUCGAGAGAGUAUCCCGACGGAGGGCAUUGGUUUAAUUCACCUGCCGGCAUGGAUGACGUUGUCGAGUACCUGACGCAUGUUCUUGGGCUGUCGCCUUCGCCGGCCACUGGUGCCGCGGCAAAGGAAACGGAAAUGGACUUGUCAUAG